AUGCCAUCAUCCUGCCAUAUUGCCAAAAAAUACUCUCUGCAAUUAAACACAGCCAUGAAAAUGAUGAACAACCCUCUCUCAAACAUGCCAUGCAUCAAGAACUAUCAUCCCAUGCUACCGUCAUUGACAUGUCAAAGAAAAUCGGAACAAACGCCAUAUUUAACAUUCUCAGUAUCUUUUUGUUCAACCCAUUUGUUUCUAGUAUUUUCAAUUAAGCAAAUACAAUAUUACACUGAAAGACAUGCAAGCUUUUCAGAUAGGUAUAUUGCAAAGUUGAAAAAGAGACUUAGAGUAAAAAGCAGAAAGAUAUACAACAAAACUUUCUCUGCUCCUAGAGAUACCAAGAAAAUCAACCUGAGAGUAUAA